AUGACUACAAAUGCUAUAUUAACUACUAAGCCUCUUUCUACUGUCAUGUCAGAACUUACAGAAAGUAGAGAGACAAAAUAUACCGAUAUUAUAGUAACAGAGUCAACUAUAACCACAGUAGAACCAAAAAAAAUAACGUCUACUGAAACGGAAAAGUUACCAUUUCAUACUUGCGGUUGUGCUACAGCAAAUACUAUAUCAACUACUGAAUCAACAACUACUACAAAAUUUAUAGAACCGACCGCUGAGACAACACUAGAAUCCACGACUACAACUUCGACAAUUAUAACAACUGAAAAGCCAGUUACUCAGACUUGCGGCUGCGCAACAGCAACAAAUCCAAUGACUCAAACCUUUCUUUCCUCAGAAAUAACAACUUCAAAUGUAACAGAGUCAAACCCUAGCGCAUCACAAGCUAUAGAUACUAUUAAUGUUACAAAAAAUUUAACAGAAUCCACAAAAUCGAUGCAUUUUGUAACUUGUGGAUGUGCCACAGCAACAGCGUUGACAACUACGAUUGCAACAACAACAACACCCGUCACUAGUACUACAACAACACCAGCAACUAUGACUACAACAAUACCAGCAAAUACGAGUAUCACUACAACAACACCAGCAAAUAUUACUACUACAACAUCAGAAACAUUAGCAAAUACAACUAAAGUUACAGAAUUAGUAACUACUAAAGUUACAGAACCUACUGAAGGUGAACAAAAUUCUUCAGUAACUUGUGAUGGCUUUCCAAAAGAUUGUAACAGACCUUCGACUUGGGAGACAACAUCUGAGGGAGAGACCAGAGACUUCUUCCAAAUACUGAAAGCACGUUACGGACGACGAGCAAUGUUAUUAGCAGAUACGACUCACUGGCCUACUCGUUUGGGUUUCUUCAUAAAAAAGAAUACAGGAAAUAAAUUUAUUUUUGGUAAUCAUAACGAAAUACGAAAAUAAGGGAACUGUGAUUGAUACUGAGAAAUUAUAAUUUAUUUCAAUAAAGAAUACUAAGAGACCAGUCAGUUCUCUUAUUUUAGUAAUUGAUUUCAAGAUACAUGGAACAAAUGUCUGCACGCCUUUACCUAAUUAAUAAUAAUUCAAUACGAGAACCUAGGCAUACCGGUUGGAAAAUAUAAAGAUAUCAGUAUAUAGGCUUAGCCAGCAACGUUUAAUUAUUUUGUGUAAGUGCCCAUUCACUUUAGUAAAAAUUUACCAAAAUAUCAUUCUCUAUGCGAGA